UAUAUUGAACCCAACCAACAAAUCCUAGUGUCUCAUCAAUACACCGUGAAUUUAUAUAUACAUAUGUAUUAAAAAAAAAAUAUUAAGCUUAUUAGAGGUUUCCCGUGAUGACUAUCUUUCCUUCUAUAUCCAUGGGCAAGAUUUUCUCCCUGGCUACUUCUCUUCCUCCCUUACUCCAAAUAAUAUUCCUUUUUCUAAUACUCUUUAUCUCAAUAUAUUUGUGCCUUUUGAAACAGAGGAGACUAAAGAUUCCUCCUGGUCCUAUGAGGUUACCCAUCAUUGGAAACCUCCACCAGUUGCUGGGAAACUCGUUGCCCCAUCAAACAUUAGGACGACUUUCUCACCAAUAUGGACCACUCAUGUUCUUGCAACUCGGAUGCAUACCAACUCUGGUGGUCUCAUCAGCUGAAGUGGCUAAAGAAAUCUUCAAAACUCAUGAUAUAAUCUUCUCCGGAAGACCGGUCUUGUACGCCGCAAACAAGCUUGGCUACAACGGCUCUACUAUCUCAUUCGCUCCUUAUGGCGACUACUGGAGAAAGAUGAGAAAGAUUGUUAUCUUAGAACUUCUUGGUCAAAAGAGAGUUCGGGCUUUUCAGGCUGUGAGGGAAGAAGAGGUCAGAACUUUGAUUAAUACUAUAACUAGUACUGCUACUUCUUUGAAUUCUGGUAUCGUUAAUCUCAGCGAACUCACGCUUACUUUGGCAAUUAACGUUAUUUGUGGAGUCGCUUUUGGAAAGAAGUACAAGGGUUCUAAUGAUCAUCCUAAAACUGGGAAAAGUGGAUUUAGUGAGUUACUUCAUGAAACGCAGAAUAUACUUGGUGGUUUUUGCAUCGCUGACUUUUAUCCUCGGUGGUUGACUUGGGUUAACAAGUUCAGUGGUCUUGAACGAAGGCUUAACAAGUGUUUUAGAGACUUGGAUAACUUUUAUGAUGUAGUGAUUGAAGAGCAUCAUUUUGAUCCAGAUCGAAAGCCUGAUCAAACUAAACAUGAAGAUGUUGUUGAUGUUCUACUUCAACUUCAGAAUGAUCCAAACCAAGCCUUAGAGAUCAACAACGAACAAAUCAAGGGUGUUAUAACUGCCUUAUUCAAUGCUGGGACUGAUACAACAUCAGCAUCACUAGUGUGGAUAAUGGCAGAGCUGAUUAUGAAUCCAAAAUCCCUGAAAAGAGCACAAGAAGAGGUGAGAGAAUUGGCUAAGGGAAAAGGGUUCGUAGAGGAAAGCCAACUUUCACAACUAAACUACAUUAAAUUAGUUAUCAAAGAAGGGCUCAGGCUCCACCCACCAGUACCAUUACUAAUUCCAAGAGAAACGACAGAGUUUUGCAGAGUAAAAGGGUAUGACAUUCCAUCAGGAACAAGGGUGUUUGUAAAUGCAGCAGAGAUUGGGAGGGACUCGAAGUAUUGGGAGAAUCCAAACAAGUUCUGGCCCGAGAGGUUCAUGGAGAGUUCUGUUGACUAUAGAGGAAAACACUAUGAGUUGUUGCCGUUUGGUGUUGGAAGGAGAGGGUGUCCUGGGAUUAACUUUGCUGUGGUACUGAUGGAGCUUGCACUUGCUAAUCUAUUGUGUCAUUUUAAUUGGGAGCUUCCCAGUGGAAUUGAAAGAAAGGAUUUGGAUAUGGAAGAAGUGUUUGGUCUAACUGUGAAUAAGAAAAUUCCUCUUUGCCUAGUUGCGAAGGUAGUUGAUCCUUGAGUAUAUAUGAUGGUAUGAUAACUAUUGUUUGAUGUCAACAUUUUCGCAAGGCUGUCAUUUUGGCUUAUUCUUGCAAAAAAAAAAAAAAGGAAGAUGCUAGGGAAAACAGUACUAGCCGUGUCUGUAUGCAAUUUUCAAUUGACUUUUCUAGGACUGGAAGUUGUUUUUGACUCGUCGAAUUUAGAUUAUGUUUUUAUUAUAAAAGGAUCGUGCCCAAUCAAAUAAUAAUACUUGUAUAGUUGGAGUUAACAAGCUAGAUGAGUGGUUAGAACACUCCCAUGUCAUACUAUAUUUUUCCAAACAUAUCACCAAAACUGUAAUAUUUUUAUUUUACAUCAAAUAUUUAUAUUAUGCUAUA